UCGAGGCAGUAGUCGGCGCUCCUUCCUCCUCCCACCAAGUUGCAGGCACGCAGUCUUGCUUGCGACUUCACACUGAUGGUCUUGUCGUUCUUCUUCCUGUCUUACUUACUGCCUUUUACUGUAAGUAGUCUUCUCACUUUGUCCAAAGGGAGUUGAGGAAAAACCAAAGUCCAACUUAUCCUGAUCAUCUCCAAAACUUGGACGCCUUAAUUUCCUUUAUAUUUUACAAUUUUUCUCUCAUUACGUGCACUGCACAACGCAGAGAAGAACGGGGUACUUUUCUUUUAUUUUCUACUUGCUCCUUUUACGUUGCUUCUUUAUGAACAAGUUGCCUGGUUUAUCUUUUUCGCAUUCUGUGUGCUACACACUCUCACCCGUCGCUUCAAAUUUGAGAAAGUUUGUCCUGUUUAUUCAUGGAAAGAAGAAAGAAGAGACGCUCCUGGUGUACAUGUGUGUGCGCUUGAGAGAGACAGAGAGGCCGUCGAAACAGAAAGCGCCACUUUCCGAUUCUUCUUCUCUCCACAAAAUUUUCGAGCCACACGGACAGAGAUGAGCAUUGGGGAGCGCAGUGCCCGAUAGCCCCCUUGCUUUAUUGACAUCUGAUCUCUGAGAAAGAGGGGCAGACGACCAUUUUGGUCGUCCGGCGAGGUGCAUCGGCUUUUCAUUUUCCGACCGUUUCAUUCACCGUGUUUGCUUAGAAAGGCCAAAGGUAUUCUCGUAGUUUCGUGCUUAGGGGAGGGGUUUGGGGGCUUCUGGCACCCCCGAAUUUUAUCUUUAAUAAUAUAUAGGUAUAUCUUUUUUUUCCCCUUGCUGGGGCAUUGACCGUACCGUUCGUCCCAUGCCACCCCUGACCCGACCCCUCUCUGUUUUAUCACUCUGUUUCUUGUUGAGUGGACCUCACAGCACCCCUCCUUCCUCCUCCUUUCUCAGUCCCUCUUCCCCUCCCCAACCCAACCCUCCCGCCCGCCCAGAUCGUUCUUCUUGCUUCACUGAAAGGCGGUUAAAUCGUCCCCCGCUUGCCUCCCCUCCCAAAAGACCAGUUCCUUGGAACCCGAGUUGAGUGCCUCCUCCUCCCCCUUUCUCCCCUCCUGAACUCGCUGGAAGUCUAUCCGGUCUGCUGUUUCUUCCCCUUCCUCCCUCAAUCUGACCUGUUUCAGAGACUCCCUGUUUUCCUGUGUGCUGUAGGGAAGCAAGAUUCUUUGUGCUGCCCGCGUAUGGGGGGGCUUGUUAGAGGGAGAGUCUGCCUUUAUCUUAGGCUGUUUUUUAUCCUUGCCUCCUUCCGUUGAUUCAACAUCCCAGCUUUGCCGGUUCUUGCCUGCCUUCCAGAGCUCGUUCUUCUUCACGGUGACCCACCUAUUUUGUUUGCGAGGUGCCAUUGGAACCGAUGACUCGCUUUCCUAUCAAUUCAAUCAUUGUUGCCGUCAUCUCUUCUUGGUGUCUCAUGUACCCCAGUUGCUGAUAUGGAGAGCCUCCCGUCUGCCCCUUGAUGGAAAUAGGUCAUCCCCAUGGAUGGAGACGCGGUGUACGCCCUUCAAACUCCUCCUGGAUGCUUUAACCCAAUAAUGGAGAUUCCCUACAAAAGUGGCCUUCUCGCUGUUUAGCAUUUUGAACAUCCUUAGACUCGACCAUCUUGUGGGCCUCCUCCCCAGCCCGAAGCCGAUUCUGUGCUACCCAUUUUUGAUCUGUAAACGCAAGGGGAAAAGCACAUGCGGACAACCGCACCCACUGGUCGUCCUUGGAAGUUAGUCCUCUGGCGCUUAUCAUCACCAUCAUCAUUGUCAUAUUCCUUCUUCUCCUCCUCCUCCUCCUCCUCCUCCUCCGCCUGCCAUCAUUUUUGUUAGAAGUUGUUAGUGCUGCUACCGCUUCUGCUGCCCAUCUUCCUCCAUUAUCUGUACUUGGGCUUUAUAAUAUAACAAUGAUCCCUCAUUGAGCUCAGUCGGUGGCCUGAUUAAUAGGAGGAGACAUUUGUAUAAACCAAGCAAAGAGGGAAAUCCGAGGACUCUUCCUUGACAACUUGAUGGAUCCGCAAUGCCAAGACUUUGGGACGGAGACCCAGAAAGAAAAGGUUGAGACUGAAUCUUCCUUUCCUGAUGAGAUCCUGGAACACAUUCUCGGCUUCAUUUCCGAGCGCAAGGACCGGAAUGCUUUUUCAUUAGUCUGCAAAUCCUGGUUCAGGCUUGAAGCAUUGAACAGGCGCCAUUGUUUCAUCGGCAACUGCUAUGCCGCGUCUCCUGAGGUUCUCAUCAGAAGGUUCCCCAGGGUUAAAUCUCUUGUUCUUAAAGGAAAGCCGAGGUUUGCUGAUUUCAACUUGGUCCCCCAGAACUGGGGAGCUCAUCUAGGUCCUUGGGUUGUGGCCAUGGUUCCUGCUUACCCAUGGCUCGAAAGCCUUCAUCUGAAGAGGAUGAGUGUUAAAGACGAGGAUCUGGACAUUAUCGCUAGCUCACUACCAAAGUUCAAACAGCUGAUCAUUGAUUGCUGUGAUGGGUUCAGUACUGGUGGGUUGGCUUCCAUUGCCAGCAAAUGCAGAGAGCUCACCGACUUGGAGCUGAGUGAAGAUCAUAUUGAUGACAAUGGGGCGGACUGGUUGUCGUGUUUUCCCGAGACAACCUCUCUUGUAUCUCUGAGCUUUGAGUGUUUAAACUCGGACAUAAAUUUCGACGCCCUUGAAAGGUUAGUGUCGCGAUCACCUUCCCUGAAGAAGCUCAGAUUGAACAACUCGGUUUCUAUAUCCCAGUUGCUGAAGCUCAUGACAAAAGCACCUCACCUCACCCACUUGGGAGCUGGGUCGUUCCGUGAUGAGGUUACACCAGAGCUUGCACUCCAGCUGUCUGCAGCAUUCAGACGGUGCAAGGAGCUGAAAUGCCUCUCCGGUUUUUAUGACUUCAUGCCAGAGUACCUGCAAUUGAUAUGGCCCGUUUGUGCUAAUUUGACAUCGUUGAAUCUUAGUUAUGCUCCCAUUGCCAGCGAUGAGUUGGAAGAAAUUAUUUGCUUUUGCCAUCAACUGGAACGCCUUUGGGUGCUGGACUCGGUGGGAGAUAGUGGGCUGCAGGCGGUUGGUUCUACUUGUAGAAAUUUGAAAAUGCUUCAUGUCUUUCCAGCAGAUGCUAGAGAAGACAGCCCAGGAGGGGUAUCUGAAGAGGGGCUUGUCGCCAUUUCCAAAGGCUGCCCCAAUCUCGAGUCAAUACUUUACUUCUGUCACAGGAUGACCAACGAUGCUGUUAUUACUAUGUCGCUAAAUUGCUCGAACUUGACCUGCUUCCGCUUGUGCAUCAUGGGUCGGCGCGCCCCUGAUCAUGCAACAGAACAGCCCAUGGACGAGGGGUUUGGAGCAAUUGUGAAGAACUGCAAGUCCCUGACAAGAUUAGCAGUCUCUGGCUUGCUCACCGAUAGAGCAUUUGAGUACAUUGGACUGUACGGGAAGUUGGUUAGGACGCUGUCUGUUGCAUUUGCAGGAGAUAGCGAUCGAUCCCUUGAAUUUGUACUAAACGGGUGUACCAAUCUGCAGAAGCUUGAGAUAAGGGACAGUCCAUUUACUGAUAAGUCUCUGUUCUCAGGUUUGCACCGCUACGAGGAAAUGCGGUUUCUAUGGAUGUCCGGUUGCAAUCUCACUUUGGAAGGGUGCAAACGUUUAGCGAAGCUUGCCCCUCGUCUCAAUGUGGAGGUGAUCAAUGAGAAUGCGGUGGAUGCCUCUGAGAACCAGGUGGAGAAGCUCUAUCUGUAUAGAUCCCUCGCUGGCCCUAGAAAUGAUCUGCCUUCUUUUGUCUCUAUUCUUUAGGAUUCAUAUCCGCCACCAACCACAACUGUUUGUUGGGUGAUCUUUGGAGGUGAAUCCCUCUUAGUCUUAGUGGGUAGCCUUGGCCUUUGGAUGAUGGGGAUGUAUGUGGUUGCUUCAUUCAAGUGGCCGGUUUGAUGAUAUUUGCUGCUAGGAAAGGUAACAGAUCGGCUGGUCACUGUCUAUGAUAUAGCAUCCACAGCCUUGUAGAGGGAGUGGGGCCAUCCAUACAUCUGAUAGUUGGUCAAUGAUUCUAUGGCUGCCAGAAUAAAUUUUUCCCUUAAAAGGCUGAAAGAAACGGUGAGGCUCCGUAUCAGCAGGGAUUUAUAAUAGAUGAGAUGCUCUUCAAGUGGUUGUUGAUGGAGGUUGCAUCAGUCUCAACAAAGCAACGCUGUUCCAUCAUCAUCGUGGUGGUUGUCGUCAUCGUUAACGCGCAGGGGAGAGAGAGAUUUGCUUAACUCCAUUUUCUUUAUUAGAGAGAUUUGCUUGACUUCUCCUUUUCAUUUUUAUUGGUUAUCUGUGAAUGUAGUAGAGAUCAACAGAGUCUUUUCGAGAGAUGCCGUGAGUCACACUUCUCUCCUUGGGUCAAGCAUUGAAUAACUGUUCGGUUCCUCAAAAAAUGGGACUAAAAGGUUUUUUUUUA